AUGAUUGCCAAACCCAACUGUUCGUCAACGGAUUCCUCUGCAUUAAGAUGCAUCCAAGAUCUGCUGUGCAACAGCAGUGUUGUGUUGAACCUCAGCGAGGCAGAAAUGGAAGAGUUUUGCCUCAACCAAGACGAGUAUCUGGAGAAAUAUCUGGGGCCCAGACGUUCCCCGGUGUUUCUGCCUGUGUGCAUCACCUACCUUCUCAUCUUCUUGGUGGGAGCGGUUGGAAACAUUCUUACGUGCUUCGUUAUUGCUCGUAACAAGGUCAUGAGGACGCCCACCAACUUCUACCUGUUCAGUCUGGCGGUGUCGGACCUGCUGGUGCUUCUUCUGGGAAUGCCUUUGGAGCUCUACGAAAUGUGGAGUAACUAUCCGUUCCUAUUCGGCAAAGGUGGCUGCUACUUUAAGACCUUCCUCUUUGAGACCGUUUGCUUCGCCUCCAUCCUGAAUGUAACAGCGCUGAGCUUGGAGCGCUACAUUGCUGUAGUCCAUCCACUCAGGGCCAAAUACGUAGUGACGCGCACCCAUGCCAAGCGGGUCAUCCUGAGUGUGUGGAGCGUGUCUGUUUUGUGCGCCAUUCCCAACACCAGCCUCCAUGGUAUCUUCACCCUCCCUCUUCCCAAAGGGAAAGGCGUAGGUGCCUUGUCCACGUCUGCCACCUGCAUGCUGGUCAAGCCACGCUGGAUGUACAACCUGAUCAUCCAAAUCACCACUCUGCUGUUUUUCCUCCUGCCCAUGUUGACCAUCAGCGUGCUGUAUUUGCUCAUCGGUAUGCAGCUAAAACGGGAAAAGAUGUUGCACGUCCUGGAGGCAAAAGCCAGUCUGGGACAAGACAGCUACUCUAAUGUGCGCAGUCAGCAGCAGAAAACCCGUCGCCAGCAGGUCACUAAAAUGUUGUUUGUACUAGUGGUCAUGUUUGGCAUCUGUUGGGCUCCGUUCCACACCGAUCGACUCAUGUGGAGUUUCCUGGACCACAAGAGCAGCGAGCACAUGAAGAUUUUCCAGAUCUAUGAAUACGUCCAUGUCAUCUCUGGGGUCUUCUUCUAUCUGAGCUCAGCCGUUAAUCCAAUUCUCUACAAUCUCAUGUCCACCCGCUUCAGAGAGAUGUUUAAAGAGGUGAUGUGUCACCACAAAUGGCGUCCUGUCCCAAGGAAACGCUCUCUGAGCAUGACGAGGGUUACUGUGCGCAGCACCUUGAGUGAUGUCCCACCCUGCAACGGCACUGUUACUACUGAAGGAGAAGAUUGUGAUAUGGCAGAAUGCCAGGAAAAUAAGACCAGCUUGUAAGAAAUGAACUUGUCAUUCAUUAAGGUCUGAGUAUCAGGGCACGAGGACCCUCUUGGAAAUGCUCCAUUUAUUGUAUUUUAUUGUGCUUGAAAUUAACUUUAGAAAAUCCACAAAUCCAAAACCAUAAAUUUAAACUUAAAUGAUAAUUGUAUACAAACACUUGGUUAAAAACAUGGUUUGAAUCUGUGAUGCUCCCAUUUUUCCCCCAACGAUAACUCUUUCUUUGUUGGUUUAACAGCAUAUUUUCCAGGGAUUGCAUAACAAGUGAUGCAGAUCGGCUUGUUUUUACCCACUGGAAAUUGUCUUGUUAUAAAACCACUAAUUUCAAGACAUUGUUCAUCGCUUACAUCUAAGA